AGGCUGCGCCGCGACGCCAGCGCCUGGCCCCUCACGCCAUGGGGCUUCAGCCAUCUGCUAGCGGCUGCUGCUCUGGCGGCGGGCCGCGCGGCUUCGUCUGGGACGAGCCCGGCCAGCUGUCCCUGCCCGAGGCCGGCGGCGCCGCGGAGGUGCCGCGCUGCUCCGCCGAGAGCGGGGCGGACGAGGCUGCCUGGCUGCCCGCCGGCAUUGCGCCGAGGCUGUCCGGCGCAGAGGCGGCGCGGGCCGCGCGAGAGUGGGCCAGUCGUGCUGAGGGCCUGAGGAGGCGCACCCUCCUGUUCCUGAGGCGCACAAGCGGCGGCUCGCCAUGCCGCCUCGUCGACCAGCAGACCGGCCUGGCGGCACCGGCGCGGUACCGCGUGGAGGACGGGGGUGCCGUGCUGGUCGUGGAGGAGCUUGGGUCAGCCCCGAGUCGCGAGAAGGCGUUCCGAUGCAAGCUAGCGGACGUGCGCAACAUCUGGGUCUGCUCGGACAGCGAGCUGGCCCGCCGCGCCCACGGCGCGCUGCGCCGCGGCGCGGCGGACGCCCACCUCGCCUGCGUGCUGCUCAUCGACGCCCCAGCGGGGCCGCUCGCGCUGGUGGAGCGGAGCUCGGAGGCGCGGGAGGAGUUCCUGGACUGCAUGGCGGUGCUCGUCGCCACCCAGCGGCUGCGGGCCGAGCCGCGGCUGGCCGCCUGCGCCGCGCCGGGCGGCCUGCCGCCGCCGGAGGCCCGCCUGCGCCCGCCCAACGGCUCGCUGCGCUCGGCGCACCUCUCGGGGCCCAUCUGCGCCUGGCUGGCGCGCGCCGGGGAGGGCGCGGUGCCGCCCGCGGCGGGGGCUCGGGAGGCGGGCGCUCCGCCGCGCGCGCCGCGGCGGCGGGCGCCCGAGGGCGCCCGCGGGGCGAGCCCGAGGCCGCGCGCUCCCCGGCGGCGGGCGUCGCACCCGGCGGCGGGAGCCCGGGAG